AUGAGCGGCUCACACAACGCUCCCGGUCACCAGCCGUAUGGCUUCGAUGCUUCACGUAGGCGAUCGCUUGGGGGCGCAAGCCCCCCUAAUCCCUUCGGAGCUCCCUCGCAUGAACCACCCCCUCCUCCUUCGUACCCGCGCUCCCACAUGCCGCCCCCUUCGUCUCCACAACAGCAACAACAACAUCAACAACAACAACAACAACACCUGCAUGGUUCACAGGGUCCGCGACCUCCCUUUUCGUCGGCUUUUGGACCUGCGCGUGAGCUGCCCGGGCUAGCGCUAGGGCCGGGACACCGUCCGGGAAGCAGCAUGUCCAUCUCUUCGAUCAUCGGCGGUGGUGACACGGGUGCACCCAAUCCACCGUCGCAAUCACAAUCACACUCUCACACACACUCACAUUCACAAUCGUCGCCGUCCAGUGCGCCAGGGAGCGUGCCUCCGCCGAGCAGUCACAGCAUGCAACCACCCUCCCCCCGGCGCAACCUAUCAUCGGGUUCCAGAUCUGAGUUCCAACCUUUCCGUCGCCAACCAUCCCCUGAGAGACAUGUGUUCCCUGGUGGUGCCCAUAAAGCGCCAGAAGGAUACGGAUAUUCCGCUGCAUCCCCGUCUCGCUCAUACAGCGCUCACGGCUCCCCUGAGCUACAAGGACGCCAGGCCCCUCCCCCAAACACACAACCGUACAGACCAAUGGUUUUUCAAGGCGCGCGUGCAUUCGCAAACGCUCCUCAUGAUGUAUCACCGAGGGACCCGCGACAGGGUACGGGCAUGCCUCCAAGACCCAAUAGUCAACCCGCAGUUCAGCCCGAGCAAGAUGUGCGUGCGCUGUACGAUGCGCCAGGAGCGCGACGCACUGCUUAUGGCCAACCCGAGGAACGACGCCGUACUUUGGGGGAGUCGCAUCAUACUAGGCCCAAUGCCGCCGAACUUCUUGGGCAGCCGACCAGCGAAAGAGAUCGGCCUGUCACAGUGCAGCCAGUCACACAGGCGCCGUAUAGCCCUCCCCGGGAUCAGCGACCUGGAGGUGGCCCGCUUCCUCCUGAACGCAAUAUAUGGCGCCAUACCGUGCCUGAGGAAGCCCCACGAGAGACCGGCGAGCCACGAAGGGAGGAGACGGCUCCCAUGUACAGAGGGUAUGGAUACCCACACCCCUCACAGGGCCCGCCGACGUAUUCAGGUCCUGGUGCGGAGGAUAUGGUGCGCGGCCGCAGCCUAGAUCAUCUAAGCCAUCGGGUAUUGGAGCAGUACCACGCUCCUCCAACGUCAGAUCCGAAUUCAAGCGACAAGUUGAAAGGAGAGCAGCUAUCACGAUCUUUGUCAUCUGGAGGAUCUGCGUAUGGCAAUCGAUUGCUAUAUGACCAACACUCGAAAGCUUUACUCGCGCUUGGCCCAGAGGCUAACAGGCGGACGGGGCGCGCCUCGCCACUCCCCCAGGCCGUCCAGGGUGCGCAGAGCCAGCCGUUAUCGAUUGGGAAAGACCCCAGUAUCAAGAGUGAAUUUGGACGCAUGUUUUCGGGGCUGGGAAGCGGACUGGGCAGCUCUACUCCUUCGCGACAGAGCCCGAUGCCUGGAAACGGGAUAGAGCCUCCACCUCAGGGGCUGGACCUGAACGAAUUGCGGCUCCAGAGAGUCAACUCUCAGAAUGGCAGAAAAGCGAAGAGGGUGAAGGAUGAGGAACUUGUCUUCGAAAAUGAAAGUGUUGAUGGCAGGGGAACGCCUUCAGGGCGUGGGUCCAAGCGCAACAAGCACAACCAUCCUGGUCACCACCACCAUCAUGUGCACCAUCACCAUCACCAUCAUCAUCACAAACAGGACGAGGAGGCCCAGCAACCUCACUCAGCGACAACUACACCUUUCCCUGGUAAAUACCCAAAUCCGCCUCCAAAUGGAAAUACACCGCAACCGUCCCAUCACCACCAUCAUUACCACGCUGCUCCCCACCAUCACCAUCACCACGGAGGCCGGCCUGGCCAACCAGCUCCUCUUCCCUCGCCAAAAUUUUCCUCAAGAGUUCACGACAUUUCGGCUGUACUAGAGGAAGCUGCCAAGCAUCCCCGUCACCAUCUCGGAUCCUACCUAUACGAGGCGAAACCUGAGCUGCCCAAGCCUAACUCUGCGCUGGACGAUCAAUUCAGUUAUGCCUCCAAGCCCAAGCCAAUGCCAGUGUUCGAGAGGAACCCGAUCAAUUGCACGGUUACUUGCAGGAUACAUCGAUACUAUCUGAAACCACGACAGAGACAGCAGAUUGUGUUGCAACAUCAUCUUUGGGGCGCACGCAUCUACCGAGACGAUUCCGAUCCGAUAGCAGCAGCAAUCCACUCAGGGUGGAUUCGCGGCGAAUGGGAUGAUACUGUGGAUGUGGGCAUGCUAGAUCCGCGCAUUACGGCGCCCAAUGACCCUUCGGAUGCGGCCGACACGUUGGACAAACUCCCUGCGGCCCCUGUAACACCCCCGGCAGACAUGGAAUUGCAGGUGGAACUUUUGAUUCUCCCCAAGAUCGACAAGUACGAAGGGACAGUGGAAUACGGUAUGUCGAGUAGGAAGAGUCGGACGCAUGACGGACUGAGCUUCAUGAUCAACAAGAUUCGAUGGGUGGAGGAUGAUGUCGGGAGCCGAGGACAAGAGCGGACUGCGGCGGCAAUGAAACGCAGGCUGGAUGCCAGUCGAGCGCUCCUGAGCCUGACAAACGGCGGCGAGGACCCUCUGAGCAUGCUGAAUGGAAUGAAGACGACAGAGCUUCAAGCUCGUUAA